UUUUUUUUCUCGAUUUUUCCUUUAUCCUUGAUUACCUCGGAUGCAGGAAUAUUUCCACCAAUUAUCGAGAUACGUAUCGAAUAUGUAUCACUCACCAAGAUCUAUUUACUGGAAUGUUUUAUUUCCGCAAUGCGCAAACGCGAGAUCAUACUCUAUCCUUGAUCGAAACCUAGAUCAUUUAUCAUUGUGUAAGGAGUGAGGAAAGAGAAUUGGUCUCUGCAAAAAAAAUCCUGCGUAAUAAAAUAGUAUAAGAAAAUAUCACAAUUAUUUAAUUAAUAAUUUUCAAAAAUCGCGUCUACAAAAUGAGGAGAACCGAUCAAUUUUUUUUGCUGUUCCUUUUCACCUGCAGUUUAAAUUUCUUUCAAUUGUGUAAUUGCAGCAGUCAUAUCCCAUGUGUAAAAAAUUCUAGUGGCGGAAAAAAUAAAGUCAAAAGGAACCCCCACGGCGGUAGCUACACAAUGUCAUGUUCGAGUUUCACGACGACUUACGAGUCAUUUCUACCGCUGGUGGAUCGCGCCUACUGGAUAAAAGCCAGCAAAGACGAGGGCUUCCAGGAUCGAAUAUCGGUCUCGAUGUACCGUUACUACAUGGUGCAGCACUUGUACGCGAGACUUGCGCAAAUUCGAGUUGCAAAGGGGCUGGGGGACGAUGAGGACCAGAAAUUCGCGAAGCACGUCUACGGAGUGGCGUCCUGCGUCCCCUACAGCAUCUUCGUGUACCUGUACAACCUCGGGGACCUGCAGAUAGCCCCGAGCUCAGGAAAAGACCUUGAGGAUUCCAAGUACUUCGAGUACUCAGUGCUGAUGUGGCCGAAUAGAGAGGGUCACUUCGGUCGAGUCGACAACACCAACCACUGGAAGUACAUGUCGAUGCCAGCGCCGAUGGUGAUGGCUCAGGCCAUCCAGGAGGAUCUUCUCUUUACUCAGAAUUCCUCGGGGAGCCCCUACUGGGACCUCAAGCCAGAUAUCAGGCCCUUCUCCAAUGAUUUCCAUCCUGGACUGCCAACGGCUAAUCUUCUCGGGUGGGCACCUGCCACUCCCUUGACUCAUUCUCAACGUCACAUUCUUCACGCGUCAGGAAUCACUGAGAAUAAUUUUGAUGUCAUCUAUUCUCGGUACAUGUUCAACUCAAAACUCCUGGAGAUACUUCACGCGUACUUCAAGGCCUCUCGUCAGAUCACCAUGAACAUCAGGUCCUUCUAUGAGGACAAGCUCCAGCACUUCGGGGGAAGAGAGCAACUCGGAUGGCUGGAGAGGGAUCUCGAGGUCGAUGUUCCCUUCAGCCGGUCCAUAUCCUACGUUGAGAGGAAUGUCAGGGGGAAACUACAUCCCCUUCAGGCUAAAUCUGCGGAUAAUGUCGAGUUCUCACUGAUUCUGGGGCUCAGGGUGAGAAAAUACACUGGUCCGGUCAACGAUUGGGCUGUCUACGACUGGGAAAAUUAUCGCAGGGUCCCUGACAGCUGGAUCACCACCAGGAACUCUGUGUUUGAAUUCGGCGAUCUGCAGGGAAUCAAUGGGACUGACAUUUCUGUCUCCCAGGAGAGGGAUGGCAUCAGGAUGAGAUUCGUCGAUAAAAGCUUUAAUCAUCUUAAUUAUCCUGGAGGAGAUUAAUCAAUUUUAUUGUUAUUUUUAUUGUUGUGUAGAUCUACCAUUUUUUUUACGUGUAAAAUAUUCAAUGAA